ACUUCAUUGUGUCGGGGAUUGAAUGGGGGAGUUUGCGUUAAAUCGAAGUCCGUCUGUUAUCAUCACCACAUCACGGAUUAACUGGAGCUCGAGCCAUGCCGCAAAACACCAGCGGUGCAUUUAUUGUGCGUGAAUCUGAUAAAUACGCUUUGCUUGUAACACGCUGCCGUUGAGAAAUGUACGGAGGGCCCGGACAGAAACGGAAUUACAAUGUAGGGAUGCUAUUGUCGAAGUCUUGCAUCUGAUCCAGUGCUCUGUGGGUUUGCAUCGAUGGAGAGGGCGUCUAGUCGCCUAUAAAAUCUUUUUGCUUGCUUUUUGGCUCUUGGUUAUAUUUUGGAGUUCGUUAUAUUUUUCGAAAGGGUUAACCGUCGCUGGGCAUCAAAAUCAGGAGCAGACAAAAAACAUGGGGAACGCAGAGAGUAUGGAUGCUCAGCUCACAGAUUUCAGGGCGAGAGGCAACAAACCCCCCAAACUGCCCUUGCCGGACCCCGCCGAACUGGAGGAGAGAUUUGCAAUCGCAUUGAACUCUAUGAACCUUCCUCCAGAUAAAGUGAGGCUACUUCGACAGUAUGACAACGAAAAGAAAUGGGAGCUGAUCUGUGAUCAGGAACGGUUCCAAGUGAAGAAUCCUCCUCAUACGUAUAUCCAGAAGCUCAGAAGCUUUCUGGACCCUGCCGUCACCAGGAAGAAAUUUAGAAGGCGAGUUCAAGAGUCAACUCAGGUGCUCAGAGAACUUGAGAUAUCUCUUAGGACCAAUCACAUCGGGUGGGUGAGAGAGUUUCUCAAUGAGGAGAAUAAAGGACUUGAUGUACUAGUGGAGUACCUGUCCUUUGCCCAGUAUGCUGUCACGUUCGAUGGAGACAUAACCGAGAGCACCACAGGUGAGGCUUCUGUGGAGACCCCCUGGAGCAGGUCUAUAGAAGAUCUCCAUGGCGACAGUAAUCUUCCCUCACCGGUCAGCGGUAGCAGCAUACCACGAUCCACACGAAACUCCUUAAGGUCAAAUACUUUGCCUAGUCGCAGAACAUUGAAGAAUUCCCGUCUGGUGUGUAAAAAGGAUGAUGUUCAUGUCUGUAUCAUGUGUCUCAGAGCCAUUAUGAACUACCAGUAUGGCUUCAAUAUGGUCAUGUCCCAUCCCCAUGCUGUCAAUGAAAUUGCUUUGAGCCUUAACAACAAAAAUCCCAGGACCAAAGCCCUUGUCCUAGAGCUGCUGGCCGCUGUGUGUCUGGUCAGAGGAGGACACGAGAUCAUCCUUGCUGCUUUUGACCAUUUCAAAGAGGUCUGCUCGGAAUCCCAAAGGUUUGAGAAAUUGAUGGAACACUUCAAAAAUGAAGACAACAAUAUUGAUUUCAUGGUGGCGUGUAUGCAGUUCAUCAAUAUUGUUGUCCACUCAGUAGAGGACAUGAACUUCAGAGUUCAUCUCCAGUAUGACUUCACCAAGCUCGCUUUGGAUGACUAUCUAGAGAGACUAAAACACACUGAGAGUGAUAAACUCAAAGUGCAGAUCCAGGCCUAUUUGGAUAAUCUGUUUGACGUGGGGACGCUUUUAGAGGAUGCUGAGACCAAAAACGCUGCCUUGGAACGUGUGGAAGAACUGGAGGAGUCUCUCUCACACAUGAAUGAUAAGCUCUUGGAAACAGAGAAUGAGGCCAUGUCUAAAAUUGUGGAGCUUGAGAAGCAGUUGAUGCAGAAGAACAAAGAGUUGGAUGCCGUACGGACUGUGUACCGGGAUGCCAGCUCGCAGGUACAUUCGCUCCGGCGGAUGGUUCGUGAGAAAGAUGAGGCCAUUCAGAAGCAGACCACACUGGAGAAGAAGAUCCAUGAGCUGGAGCGCCGAGGUAGUCUCCAGAUCCAGGUGAGGGGUGAGGGAGACGGGGAAGGAGAUGUGUCCCCCCUGCCAUCACCUCCUCAGCCCAUGCCUCUUUCUCCUUGCCCUGAUGCCAUGGCUGGAGCCUGUGUUAGUGUAGCGUACAGCUCUGGCAGCAUUUCCCACACUGGCACUCUUCGGGCAAUGGCCACACCGCCACCACCUCCACCACCACCGAUGCCAGAUUCCUCUGUUCCUAACGGACCUUCGGCAGCUCUCACACCUCCUCCACCUCCUCCUCCCCCACCACCACCUCCUCCUCCACCACCCCCUCCUGGGCAUUCAAUCGAGAUCUCUGCUCCCUUACCCCCACCUCCACCUCCCUGUGCUCCUCCCCUCCCAGGCUGCGGCACGCCCACUGUCAUAUUCAACUCUGGCUUGACAGAUGGACCAAUCAAGCUCUUCUCCGUGAAAAUUAAAAAGCCAAUUAAAACCAAGUUCCGCAUGCCAGUGUUCAAUUGGGUGGCUCUGAAGCCCAAUCAGAUCAACGGCACUGUCUUCAAUGAAAUUGAUGACGAGAGGAUCCUGGAGGAUUUGAACGUGGAUGAGUUUGAGGAAAUGUUUAAGACCAAAGCCCAAGGCCCUGCUGUCGAUAUGACAAUGCAAAAGCAGAAGGCUCCUCAGAAGGGCCCCAAUAAAGUGUCACUACUGGAAGCCAACAGGGCCAAAAACCUCGCCAUCACACUCCGCAAGGCAGGGAAAAGUCCGGAGGAGAUCUGCAAAGCCAUCCAGACGUUUGACCUGCGUACAGUGCCACUGGAUUUUGUGGAGUGUUUGAUGCGGUUCAUGCCCACUGAGGGUGAAGUAAAGAUGCUCCGCCAGUAUGAGCGGGAACGGCGGGCAAUGGAUGGGCUUACUGAUGAGGACCGGUUCAUGAUGCUCUUCAGCAAAAUCGAGAGGCUGCCACAGAGGAUGACCAUAAUGGCCUUUAUGGGAAACUAUAGUGACAGCCUGCAGAUGCUCACACCGCAACUUCAUGCAAUCAUAGCAGCAUCUGUAUCCAUAAAAUCAUCACAGAAGUUAAAGAAAAUCCUAGAGAUCAUUUUGGCCCUGGGGAACUAUAUGAACAGCAGUAAGAGAGGAGCUGUUUAUGGCUUUAAGCUUCAGAGCCUGGAUCUGCUGUUGGAGACCAAGUCCACAGACAGGAAGCAGACACUUUUGCACUACAUAGCCAAUGUGGUAAAGGAGAAAUAUCCAGUUGUAAGCAUUUUCUACAACGAGCUGCACUACAUUGAGAAAGCUGCUGCAGUCUCUCUUGAGAAUGUUCUUUUGGAUGUGAAGGAGCUACAGAGAGGAAUGGAUCUGACCAGAAGAGAGUUCAGCAUGCAUGGCCACAAUUCUCUGCUCAAAGACUUCAUCCAUCAUAAUGAAGCCAGGCUUAAGAAACUCCUGGAUGAUGCUAGAAUUGCACAAGAUGCCUAUGACGAUGUUGUCAAGUUCUUCGGGGAGAGCGCCAAGACCAUGUCACCCUCUGUGUUCUUCCCUGUGUUUGUCCGCUUCAUCAAGUCUUAUAGGCAAGCGAAUGAAGAGAAUGAGCAGAAGAAGAGGCAGGAGCAGCUGAUGAUGGAGAAACUUCUAGAGCAGGAGGCCAUGAUGGAAGAGCAUGAGAAUCAGCAGUCGCCAUCUCAUAAGGGCAAGCGGCAGCAGCAGGAGCUGAUCUCUGAAUUAAGGAAGAGACAAGGCAAAGACAGCCGUCACGUCUACGAAGGCAAAGAUGGAGCAAUUGAGGACAUCAUUACAGUGCUGAAGACCGUCCCCUUUACCGCACGAUCAGCCAAACGUGGCUCGCGGUUCUUCUGUGACCCCGCCCUCUCCGAGGACUUCCAUUACUAAACUAAAUUCUCUCCCCUCAGAAAGACCUGCGCAGUCAGCCCUUCCGACGGGCCGAUGCCCUGAGGAGAAGUGGGAGGAGGAAUUUGGAGGCACAACACCAUCAGCUGCUCAACAUGGAAAUCACCACCUGCUAGUCAAGCUUGUUCAGCCUUGAGGACAGAGGGUGGGCCAAUUCUAUGAAUUCAAAAAAAAAGAAUGAAAAUAGCACAAAAAUCUUUACAUCUGUAUUAGAACUAUAGAAGAUCAAUCUUGGUGUUUUUCUAAGGGAAAUUUCUGCUUUAUGAAGUGGGAUUAGUUCACACUGGAUUUAAUGGACUAAACUGUUCAAAAGAAAGAUGGAGAGGAUUGGAAGUGUAGAUAGUAAAUUAACCUCAAAUGCUGGACCAACACAGUCGUUGGUUGUGGACUCUUCAAAUGGACGUUGUGAAGGAAGGUGUAGUGAUGUAUUUUGGUGCCGUCUUUUGUGUUUCACACUGUUCAGAGAUUGUGUAUUAAAUACAAGAAUGGAACAGAUACAGGAAGAGCAGAAAUGGCGAACGAAGUCCUUGAAUUGGCCCUCUUGAUUACUGUACCACACCUCUAGUUUAACAGGCUUUGUGGUACAAACUUCAUGCUGAGCAGCUUUUUCUUUGGACAAUUUAUGAAAUGCACUUUUAAUUUUUUAAUAUUGAUCUUUGAUCAUCUUAAAAAACUUUGAUUAAAAAACAAGGAUUUUGAGCGCAAGGGAGAUUUUAACAUAAGCUUGACUUGAUACUCUAAUGCUAUCAAGAAUGGCCCUUCUCUGUGGACUGAAACAUCCCAUGAUGUGUUGAGAUAAAAUGUUUACUACUAAGCAUUCACAGCCAGUAUGAUAUUUCAUAUCUACAUCUCAUUUUAAACAUUUCCUCUCCCACUGGUUUUAACUCAUGUGACAUUUGUAAGCUGUGGAUGAAAAAAAAAUUUUUUUUUUUUUCUUUUUUUUUAAGUGUACAGAUAUUUUGCUACAAAAUUGAGCCUCUUAUUUUUUACAUUCUUCAUCCAUUGUGGUGCUGUACAUAUUGUUCAAACAAACCAAUAUUUCUGCAAUGUCACUGAAAUGUUAUUAACUUUUUUGUUGUUUUAGUAUGACAGUAUUAUUUAAUUUGAUGGUGAAGACAGUGAAUCAACUUACUCUGUGACCAUAAUUGCUCUCUCAUUUCUAUUGUUGCUUAUGGUAAAUGUCUGUGGUUGCACGUAACACUUGAAAGUUUGAACAGACACUAGUGGCACAUAUAACUUUUCUACUUUGAUCUCUUGAAACAAACUGGAAUCAAUGGUUGUGUGUAAAUAAAGCAAUGACACCAGCACCGUUAAAAAAAACAGUAGUGCUUUUGUGUAGUCAAUGUGAAAUUUAGAUGUACUGUGAAUUCUUGCAAUCGAUUUUUAUUGAUCUAGAUUGGAAAAUGAGAAUGCUCAAUGAUGGAUGUGAUGUUUGAGCUUUAUUAUUAAGUCCAAACUAUGAAAUAACACUGCAGAAUGGUUAAGAAACCAUUU